UGGAAGGGCACCUGGACAGACAGACAGUAGACAGACAUGCCUGCUUCCCUCUCCGGCUUCCAGGGCAAGCUCACCUCCUAUGGCUUCACCCUGGAGGGCUCCUUUGGCAGCGGGGCCCAGAGGGGACUGUACACCCAGGGCGUUCUGGACAUGGCGACCGUCCCGCCCGACCCAAGCAGCACCUGCAAGAGGCAGCUGGGCCUGGGCGCCUUCCCUGUGGAGAGCCGCUGGCAGGGUGUCUACGGCCCCUUCCGGGACUUCGUGCGUGCCGGCUGCCCUGGGGACCUGCAGGAGGCGCUGCUGGGCUUCCAUGUGCAGAGCCUGCGCGAGUCCCAGGAGUACCUGUGCUGUGAGAGGACUCCGCUGGACGACAGUGUGGGCAGAAUGGAAGGCUUCCUGGAGGAGGUGGCACAGCACUGGGAGCCCGAGGUCCUGCAGCAGUGCCUAGAGAUGCUGAUCGGAGAGGCCGCCACUGCAUUGCAGGAGCCCUGGGAGCGGGGUUCGCAUUGGGGGACUUCCCUGAGCCCAGGAAGCACGGAACACGAGGCAGGAAGGACUGUCCUGGAAGGGCCGCUGAGGCUUUGCCAGUCACUGUCCACUCGGGGCCUCGUUGGCUUUCGGUGA